CCAGCAGGAGUGUGAGGAGACCUGAAAGUGGCACAUGGCAGAGUGGGAGCAAUGGGAGGUGGUACAAGGACCCAUGUCACACUAUGGACCCAGCAGCAGCGUGACGAGGCGGUACGGGGGCCCAUGGCAGAUUUGGGGCCUGGCAGCACCUAUGGGAGGCCUGUAAUCUGCCAGCAACCUAUGACAAAAUGGAAACCAGCAGGAGUGUGAGGAGACCUGAAAGUGGCACAUGGCAGACAGCGUGACCGCAGCAGCAAUGGGAGGCCCGUAAUCUGCCAGCACCCUAUGACAAAAAAUGGAACACACCAGCAGUGUGUGAGGAGACCUGAAAGUGGCAC